CCCCCCCCUUCAUCAUGCUUGGGCCAGCUGGUGACCUUCGACCUGACAGACAUGUUCCGUGCAUUUCUGGGAAGUCAUGCUGCCUUCUCUGCACUGGCUCCUGCUCCUGUGGGGACUUCAAGGUCUCUGUGCACAGGACUAUGGUGAAGACUAUGAGGAAGAGGUGGUGACCACCAAGAAGAAGCUCAAAGUAAUUCCCUCCAAUUCCAUACCGCAGAAAUCACUCAUAGAUGAAGAUUGCAGUUUGGAGAUAGCCUUCCUGAUCGACAGCUCGGAGAGCGCCAAGGACAACCAUGCCCAGGAGAAGCGCUUCGCCUCGGACGUGAUGGGCCGGCUCCAGAACCUUCGGCUGCAGACGGGCCGGGGCCUCAGCUCCAGGGCCGCCCUCCUCCAGUACAGCAGCCAUGUCAUCAUAGAGCAGACCUUCAAACAGUGGAGGGGUAUUGAAGACUUCAAGGCUCGAAUCACACCCAUCGCGUACAUCGGUCACGGCACCUACACCACCUACGCCAUCACCAACCUCACCCGUAUCUACCUGGAGGAGUCGGGUCCCAGCAGCAUCAAGGUGGCCGUCCUGCUCUUCGAUGGCGUCUCACACCCGAGGAACCCAGAUAUAUUUUCUGCCGUGGCUGAUGCCAAAAACCAGGGAGUCCGAUUCUUCAGCAUCGGCAUCACACCUGAAGCCAACGAGCAGGCCAACGUAGCCCAGCUGCGGCUAAUCGCUAGCUCCCCUGCCUCCCGCUACCUUCACAACCUGCAGGACCGAGGCAUUGUGGAUAAAUUCAUCAAGGAGAUAACGGCUCUGGCAGAUGAAGGGUGUCCUCUGGCCCAGAGCAAGUGUGCUUGUGACAAGGGUGAGAGGGGACCCAGCGGCCCUGCUGGCAAGAAGGGCCGUCCUGGAGAAGAUGGAAACCCCGGCACGAAAGGACACAAGGGUGAGGGUGGGCUCAGUGGACUUCCUGGUCGGGAAGGAUCUGAGGGGAAAUCUGGAUACAAAGGAGAGAAGGGAGAGAGAGGGGAGUGUGGCACUCCUGGAAUUAAGGGAGACAGAGGUCCUGAAGGUACACUUGGCCCAAGAGGAAAUCGUGGACUUCAGGGUUCAGUUGGUCCACCUGGCGACAAUGGGCCUGAAGGUCCAAUGGGUAAAAAAGGGGAAAGGGGACUUUCUGGCCCACCUGGAAUCCAAGGGGAAACUGGGAUCGGCCUUCCGGGACCCAAGGGUGCUGUGGGUUACCACGGGCCUACAGGGCCUUCUGGUCCUCAGGGACUUGGCGAGCCUGGACCACCGGGGCCUCAAGGGUCACAGGGAGUCCAAGGAGAAAGAGGACAGAUCGGAGAGGGUCUCCCUGGACCAAAGGGCGGGCGAGGCUUGGACGGGCCGCGGGGGCUCCGAGGACAGCCGGGCGUCGGACUCAAAGGAGACAAGGGGGACUUCGGCCCCCCGGGUCUUCCAGGGCCACUCGGCCUCCCAGGAGUUGGCAUACAGGGCGAGAAGGGUGUGGAAGGACCGAGGGGCCCAUUGGGGAGCAGAGGCCCCACAGGAGAGGGCUUUGCUGGAUCCAAGGGGGACCAGGGGUUACCUGGCGAGGUUGGCGGCCCAGGUGAGAGAGGGGCUGGAGACCCUGGAGCGAAGGGGGAGCCGGGGUCUACGGGGCUGUCCGGUCUGCCCGGCCUGCCAGGGGAGGACGGAGCCCCGGGACAGAAGCGCCCGGACCCCACAGGCCUCAGGGGGUUAGAGGGGGCCGCUGGAAUUGGCACCCAGGGUGAGAAGGGCGACCAAGGCCAGAGAGGGAUCCGGGGCCUGCACGGCCCCCCCGGCAUCGCUGGGCCCUCAGGACCAAAGGGAGAACCAGGGGCGCAGGGCAGGGGGGGCUCAGCCGGGCCCCCAGGACGCUUCGUCUCUGGGCCAAAGGGUGUUGGCCCGAGUGGUCCUCCUGGUCCGCUCGGUGAGACUGGCUACGGACUUCCUGGUCCAAAGGGGGACCGUGGAGACUUUGGCCCUUCAGGUCCAUUCGGCCCCAAAGGAGAGGGCUUCCCCGGCCCCUCGGGCCCUCCUGGUCUGCCUGGACUCACAGGAGAACCCGGACAGGAAGGAGUGGGAAUCCCUGGACCGAAGGGGGAUGUCGGUUACCGAGGGUUGCCAGGUUUGUCAGGACCUCUGGGCGAGGGCCUCCAAGGACCUCCGGGUAACGCUGGGCGGCCUGGCCCCUCAGGGCCGACAGGGCCACAAGGACAAGGAGUUCAGGGACCAAAGGGGGAGCUGGGGUCCCAGGGUGUGACGGGCCCGAGGGGGCUGCCUGGAGAAGGCUUUCCUGGAGCUAAAGGUGACCGUGGAUCUGGAGGGGAGAGGGGGCUGAAGGGAAUCAAAGGAGAGCUGGGAGACCCUGGAAACGCAGGGCAGCCUGGCCACUCUGGUGUCAAAGGUGAAGCCGGCCUCACUAGGGACGACAUCAUUCGGAUGAUCAAAGAGAUCUGUGGAUGUGGGAUCAAGUGUAAGGAGAGGCCCAUGGAGCUGGUGUUUGUCAUUGACAGCUCAGAGAGCGUGGGCCCGGAUAACUUUGAGAUCAUCAAGGACUUUGUGGCGGCGCUGGUGGACCGCGUCACGGUGGGACGCAACGCCACCAGGAUCGGCCUGGUGCUGUACAGCCUGGAGGUGAAGCUGGUGUUCAACCUGGCGCGCUACACCACCAAGCAGGACAUCAAGCAGGCCAUCAGGAACAUCCCGUACAUGGGAGAGGGCACUUACACCGGGACAGCCAUCCGUAAAGCCACCCAGGACGCGUUCUACAGCUCCCGUGUGGGGGUCAGCAAAGUGGCCAUCGUGAUCACUGACGGGCAGACGGACAAGCGGGAGCCGGUGAAGCUGGAUCUGGCCGUACGAGAAGCUCACGCCGCCAAUAUCGAGAUGUUCGCUCUGGGGAUUGUGAACACCUCAGACCCAACACAGGCCGAAUUCAUGAGAGAGCUCAAUCUGAUCGCCUCGGACCCCGACACCGAGCACAUGUUCCUCAUCGACGACUUCAACACUUUGCCAGCGCUGGAAUCCAAGUUGGUCAGCCAGUUCUGUGAGGAUGAGAAUGGAGCCCUGAUAUAUAACAGAAUAACAAAUGGCUACAACGGCCAUGGGAACAACGGAUACGGGAACGGAAACAACGGGAAGUACGCCAUUGGAGGAUAUCCCUUCAGGCCUUCCACUGAGCAGCAGGUUCAGAGCGGCCGUAACACUGGCACCAACACAGGGGUCCAGGUAGACUCCAAACAGCAGGGCAGCUCAGGGUCCAGCACAGGGUCCAGCACAGGGUCCAGCACAGGGUCCAGCACAGGGUCCAGCACAGGGUCCAGCACAGGGUCCAACACAGGGUCCAGCACAGGGUCCAGCACAGGGUCCAACACAGGGUCCAGCACAGGGUCCAGCACAGGGUCCAACACAGGGUCCAGCAAAGGAUCCAGCACAGGACAUGGAGGAGGAAGUCAGUAUGUGUUGACUGGAAACGAGCGUGGGGACACAUUUAACCGCAACACCUCAGAGGAAGAGGAAUCCUCCAGUACGAGAGGCUCCUCCUCCUCAUCUUCAUCAUCUUCUUCCUCAAGAACAACCAUAUCAUCCUCGGGUGUGUCCAUAGAGCGCGUAAAGCCAGCGCUUCCCAAAGAGAGAGUGCCGCUGGACCCUCGCUGCGGCCUGGUUCUGGACCAGGGCACGUGUCGAGACUACAACAUCCGCUGGUACUACGACAAGCAGGCCAACGCCUGCGCACAGUUCUGGUACGGGGGCUGCAACGGCAACAAGAACCGCUUUGACACGGAGGACGAGUGCAAGAGGACGUGUGUGAUCAUCGCCUGAUAUCUGGUGACUCAUCCCUUCAAUGUUAACGCACACCUAGCCUGUCAUACAGAGAUGAGGACAUAAGAAUGGUAUUGGUUCAAAAGUACUGACUUUUAUGUUUUUUUUGAGGAUGUUGAGUGAAGGCAUCUGCCAAACAUCUGCUGUAGGAGAGGCAGCUAACACCAGCUAUUUUUCAUAGGGUUGUGUAGUUUCUGCAUAAUCCUCCGGCAUUUACAUUUACACUGAUGUUCUAUAUCCCUGUUACAAUUAAGUCUGUGGGCCUCUUCCUGUUUAACUCAUUGUAAAAUCAUCUUCCUGUAAUUAUAGUGAAAGAGAUCCCAUUUUGACAGAUACCUCCGUUGUUUUUUAUCUCAGCAUCUAACGCAGGAGAUAGUCCAGCGCUCCUACUCAGGAAUACAGAUGAGCUUCACUGUGUGUUCUAUUUCCAGGGAUCCCCACACCUCUCGGACAUGAUCAUGUUUGUGAGUGCUGCAAAGAUUGUGAAAAAAAUGACUGACCAGUAAAUCCUCUGGUACCAGAAAUCAAUGUGCCACAAUAGUGUAGUGUAGCCGUUCAUUUCUUUACUCCAAAAAAUGUAGGUCCUUUUUAGUGCAUAACCGCAAGAGCCAAUAACACACAAAUGAAGCCUCUCAUUACUUAUAUCAAUAACAUGUAUGUUGUCCUUUUAUAUAAUUGACUGGUGCUCUGUAACUUCAUGGAAUAACUGUGCAUUUGAAUGUGUUUUGUUUGUUGAAUUAAAAUGUGAUUUUUUAAAAUGUUUUUUUACUUAUUACUGCUUAUAUUUGUUAAAGCAGUAAACUGAUCGACGGACACACACAUACACACUGCCCUCUACUGGGUAACACAUGCUCAUGUCACUGAAGUGUUACCACAGUACAACAUACUAUGACUGCACUUCCAUGGUUGGUGUGUCACUAUAAUACCCAUCUGUACUGUGUACAUCCAUAUUGUACUGUUACAUGUUCAACAUUUGAUGUCAAACAUUCUAAAUAAA